GUUUCAUUCAGCUGGACACACUGAUUCGUGAGGCUGCUUCCACCACGGACGAAUACCUCCAGGAGAAUCUACACAUCUCAGAAGCACAAGAUCUUCCCCCUGCAGUGCUCUUCCUCUGAUGUGAGGGAACAUGGGUUCGAGUCCAGGCUGCUGGUUUAGCUUCACUGUCACACUCUGCUUUGCGCUACACUGCUGGAUGCACGUUGGUCCAUCUGCUGGGUACUCGCUGGGAAAUUGCACGAUCCGCGGCUCUCUCAGAGAGUCCGACCGGCCCAAAGUACUUUGCUACAAACUGAACUACCACAGUGUUCCUCGGGGGAUCCCACACACCACAAAGGUCUUGGAUAUCUGCUGUAACAAAAUCUCAGUCAUCAAGAGCGAUGACCUGAAAGGACUGAAACACCUGAAAAUUCUGAAUGUGACCAAGAAUUUGAUAUCUCAUGUGGAAGCGGGUGCUUUCAAAGACCUAGUUGUCUUGGAAGAGCUCAACUUGGCCAGGAACAGACUCCACACAAUCCCUGAGAACUUCUUUCAAGGCCUUGUGCAACUGUCAACGCUACGACUGGAUUUUAAUUACAACAUCAGCCUUCAUUCCUCUGCUUUUGACCUCCUGGUUCAUUUGAAGGUGCUGAACUUAACAGCCAUUCACCUUCAACACAUAAAGGAGGUUGCACACGUCUUCAGGUUACCCUCGUUGGAGAAGCUGUACGUGGGAAGCAAUUUAAUUUCAAGUUUCCAGUCAAAAGAUGUGUUGAAUGUGUCUGUCAAGAGCUCUUCAGUCUCAAAUGUGUCCUUUAGACUACAGCUGCUGGACUUGACAAUGAAUCCUUUGCACACCUUCCGGAUCACAGAGGACAUCUUUCCUCACCUGGAGAUCCUGGACCUGUCCUAUGCAGGCAAUGAAAGUAUGGUGUGGGAUGUCCAGAAUCACACCUUCUUGAGGGGUGUGAAAUGGCUCAACCUGAGCGGUAUCCACAUGUCAAAGGAGGAAGUUGAGAGCGCGAUCCAAAGCGUCAGCUCCUCAGUGGAGAACCUGAAGCUGUAUGAUAUGAAGCAGGUGGAUGUCACCAUGCUCAUGAACUACUCCUGCCAACUGCCCAAUCUCGCUGUCCUCCGCCUGAGGAAGAACAACCUCACCUCUUUACAUGGCCACAUGUUCCAGAACUGUCAGCAGAUUAGAAAGCUGGAUUUUGUGGAGAACAGACUCCAUAACAUUUCAGAGACUGCUUUCAGACCUCUUCAGAAUUUGAUUAACCUGCUUCUAGGUCACAACAAGCUCACCAAGGUUCCCGAAGCCAUCAGAUAUCUUCACAUCCUGGAUUUCUUGGACCUAAGUUUCAACAAUAUUGGGGAGCUGACGUGUUCUGACUUUAAAAAUAUGACACACCUAACCAGUCUUCACCUGUACUGCAAUCACAUCUCAGUUCUCAAAGCUUGUGUCUUCACGGACCUGCCCAAUCUAAAGAAGCUGCUGUUGAGAGCCAACAAGAUACUCACCAUCUCAGAUGCCUUCAAGAGUGGCCUGAAAAAUCUGCAAUUGCUGGAGCUGGGUUCUAACAAACUGAGUUAUAUCAGGACAAAAGAUUUUGAAAGUUUAAGUUCUCUUAACUAUUUAGAUCUUAUAGACAAUCAAAUUUCUAAAAUAGGAUUUCAUGCAUUUAAAGGCCUGGGGAAACUGUCAACCCUGUUGCUCUCGUCAAACAAAAUCACCAAAAGUGCAAUGAACCGCAAUGUUUUUUCAGGAAUUAAUCAUUUAAAAGUUCUUGAAAUUGUCUCCAAUUACAUAUCAUAUGACAACACGAAAGAAAUCCCUGACCCACCUUUUUCGUACCUGAAUUCAUUGAAGUACCUGAAGAUUGCCAGCCAGGCUCAUAAAGGACUGCGCAACAUACCAUCAAACCUCCUGCAAGGUCUGAGUUCAUUGGAGGCAGUUCAUGCAGGAAAUUUGAACAUAGAUUUCCUACAUGAAGACACAUUUAAAUAUACGCCCAAGCUGUUGUUCCUGGACAUCAGCAAGAACUUGUUCACCAGCCUCAAUCCAAAGGUGUUCCAAAAAAUCCCAAGGCUCAACAAGCUUGUCUUGACCAAAGGUCCCCUUCACUCACUGGACUUCCUGAUCCAUGCAAACCUCUCCAGGGUGAAAUACCUGCAGGCAUCUCGGAAUCAACUGGGUGUCAUCAACGAGACCGUCAUCCAAUCCCUUCCUUCACUCACUUACCUGAACCUCAAGGACAACACGUUCACCUGUGACUGCAGCAACGCCUGGUUCAUAAGUUGGGCGCUGAAAAACAACAUGACCCAGGUCCUUGAUGCCAAUGGUUUUGAGUGCACAUAUCCAUCACAACUAAGAGGAGCCAAACUGAUAGACCUCGACACGGAAUCUUGCACGGUGGACCAAGGCUUCCUGUGCUUCAUUGCUAACACCAUUCUGGUCCUCUUUACCAUGUGUGGUGCUUUCUUCUACCAUUUCCUGCGCUGGCAGGUGGUCUAUGCCUACUAUCUCUUCUUGGCCUUCCUCUAUGACAACAAGCACAGGAAGACUCAAAAAGCACAGUCUUUCCAAUAUGAUGCCUUCGUCUCCUACAAUGCCCAAGAUGAACUGUGGGUGAUGCAGGAGCUGCUGCCCCAGUUGGAAGACGAACAAGGCUGGAAGCUUUGCCUUCACCACCGGGACUUCCAACCAGGUCGGCCAAUCAUGGACAACAUUGUGGACGGUAUCUACGGCAGCCGAAAGACCAUUUGCCUGAUCAGCCGUUACUACCUGGAGAGCGAGUGGUGCUCCAGGGAGAUACAGCUGGCCAGUUUCCGCCUCUUUGACGAGAAGAAGGAUGUCCUGGUGCUGGUGUUCCUGGAGGACAUCCCACCACGCCAGCUCUCGCCCUACCACCGCAUGAGGCAGCUGGUGAAGAAGCAAACCUACCUCGCCUGGCCAAAGCCAGGCCAGGACACCAGGGUCUUCUGGUGUAAACUGAAGCAGGCCCUUGAGAUGAAGGAUGAUCCAUAUGAGGACCAUGGAGCUAUGCCUCUGUUGUAGUAAAGAAACAAUGCACUCUUCUGGCCUGAGAGGGAGUUGGACUUUUGACACGAAAGGUUCAUGCAUUUAUGCUUGAAAUACAGAUAUAUUGAAUUGAAUUUUUGUUAACAUAUUUAUAAUGGAUCAUUGGGGCUACAGUGGGUUGACUAGAUUAAGUUAUUGUCACGUCCACGCUCACAACGCAACCGACAGCACCCGAUGGUGCUCCUGCACCUGAUUGAUCACUCACCCUUGAAAAGACCCUCCUCAGUUCCCAUACUUUUGCGGAAUCUCGUCAGGGACAACCGCCCUUCUUCGUGACGCUUCGCUCACACGCUUCGCUAGCUCUCACUUCACGUUCUCCGGUUUUCAACUCCUCGCUUCGUUUCCCGACCACGUCCACAGAUCCUCGUUCCUGUUCUGUUCGCCGCUCAACUGACCUUUCGCUAAGUCCCCUGACCUCGCUCAUGGAUCUUCGCUCUGACCCUGACCGCCGAUCGACCGACCCUUCGCCUGUCCCCGACACCGAGAACUUGCUUCAUCCCUCAACUUUGGAUGAACGACGUUGCACUUGGGUCCAGCAAUCCUGCCUCCCUAUGUUUCGCGUGACAGUUAUGAGUUCACAGAUCCAGGUCUUCAGGUCUGAAGAUCUCUGUGUGUUCCAAGGUUUGAAUCCAAACUCAGCUCCAUCGGUGUGAAGUUUGGGGGUUUGGAUCCAACCUCAGCUUUGUCUGUGUCAAGUCUGAGGAUUUGGAUUCAAUCUUAGCUCUGUCUUUGUGACAUUUUGAUGGUUUUCCACACAUCUGUAAGGGUUUCUUCUGGGUUCCCUGUUCUCCUACGACAUUCCAGAGUCAUGGUAUUCUAGUCAUGCGGCAGAUUCUUCUUUACUGGACGUCUUUCUGUCCACUGUGUACUGUGUACCUGCCUAGUGUCUCCUGCCUCAAACCCCAUGCUUCUUGAUAUAGAUCAUUUGUACAUGAGCUGGCAACAAAAUAUUGUCAUUUAUUCAGGUCAGAAUGUCGCAUGAACCUUGUUGUUCAAAGUUACCUGUUUCUCCAGCUGGUGUGGACCGUCUUCCUUGUUCACUUCAUUGGGAUUCUCCCAGACACAUGAUUCUCAUCCCUGAUCAUUUUGUGACAAUGUCUGAAAACAUGCGAUUUUAAUACAUACAUACAGUUCAAUUAGUAAAAAGUCAAUCAGUAACACCAAAACACCAUAAUUAAGUAAUUUUUAUAAUUUAGCAAAAAAAAGAAAAAAGAGCCUCCAGCAGUGCAGCAUGUGUCUGUGUUCCACAACUGAACGCAUGGAGAAAUAAGACAGAUUUCCUUGAACUUCUGAAAACAAAGAUUUCUUUCUGAGUUUUCUGAGAAGAAAACAAUCUUUGUUGGGUUUCUGGCUCUGGCUCUUUGUGCUCCUGUUGCUGUUCCCGUUCAACUCACGUGUGAAGGUUGUUGGUUUGCGUCCCAAUCGAAGGAGAGAUCCCUCACGUUUAUGAAAAUAAAGGCAGUUUUGUUCAUUGAAUGGUUUUGUAAGUGCAGGGGCGUUUCUCCCCCCCCGGGGCACUCAAUAAAACCAUCUUUGUUGUUAAACCCCUUUGUCCUUCCAUGCACAUUUAACCCCUAAAGCCUUUUAAACUUUUAAACUUUUAAAUACAAGCAGCGGGUGGUAUAGUGGUUACAGCUGUGACCUUACACUUGAAGAGUUUGGGUUUGAAUCCCACCUUAUGCUGCAAUAGCCUUGAUCAAAGUAAUUACCUGACCUGAUACAGUAAAAACUUGCCCAGCUGUAUAACUGGGUAAAUUCACCAAGUUACUUUAAGCAUGAUGAAAUAAAACAAUACACCUACACCACAUGCUGCCUCAGAAAGAUGAUGCGCAU